AGUUGUUUCUUUUUUUAAUUACCCUAACCGCCUAGUCUUCCGAUUCCGUUUAGUUUAUUACCGGCCGUCGCAUCGUGCGCACAUCAUUUUAUUUCCAGUCAUCAGUUUCAUUUUCCAGGAGUAUUAAACUAGAAAUCACAUAAAAUGGAAAGCGGGAAGGAAAAAGAACUUGCAUCGGAAGAGACCAUUUUCGGCUACACGCCUGAGCCAUUUUUCGACAAUCAGUUCGUACAUCCUGCGGAAGAGGGCAGCCAUUCGCCAGAGCAGAAGGAAGAGAAUGGGAAGUCGGAAUGCGACGACAUAUUUCAAAGGCUGAAACGGAGGAUCGAGCUGGCCCAGCGGAAACCCGAGGUUCCCGAGACCAUCACGAUAGACGACAGCGACGAAGACAGUACCUGCCCAGUUUGGAAACCCGGACAGUACCUGAAUAAAAUCCGCCAGAGAGAAAUAAUCAGCAGAAUGAAGUUGUCAAUGAUGAACCGUUCUUUCGAAACAAACGUGAAAAUGUUAAAGAAAAAGAUUCUUUCUGCAGUGAAGUCCGGGCCUAAACCGGGAAACGUAAAUUGUCAACUUAUAAAACUACCAAACGGGAAAAUAAUUAAAUUCCGAGUGCAUCCAAAACAAUAAUGAAAAUUGAGAGACUAAGUAGUUUUAAAUUCAGGAAUUUUAACCAUUUUAAUAAACAAAACUGGUUAUAUA